CGUGUAGAUAAGAACAGAAUCUGUCUCUAUAAGCUGAACUUGCCAAAUGACCACUGAAGAGGAGGGCUCUCCCAGCCAACAGUGGAUGUUGGGAGGCUGUAAACGCUAAGUUAAGGGUCUGAGUGAGUCAACCAGGCCUCCCAUGAACCAACAAAUAUAAACCAUAAAAUAAAAAAAAAGAAGAAGAAGCCACAAAGAUAUUGCAGGCCCUGUUGACAUCAUGAGUCAGGUGAUUCCCUUCUUCCACUCAGCGAAUGACUAGCUGGAGUCUUUUCAGUCUCAGAACCGGGGUUGAGUUAACACUCCUUCAGGCCUCAUAAGCAACCACAGAACCACAAGCAAACUGCAAUCUACAAUUUAGAAGAGUACCUGAACCUCAGCGGGGAGGGUUUUUUCUCCCCUUGUUGCUAACACCAGCUGUAUAUUGUGCAUCUGGGUUCAAACUUUUCAAGACUAGCGAAGGGAAAUAUAAACAAACCACCGAUAUUGGUCAAAGAAUCAUCUUGGACUGGGAUCAUGGCUUCCAACAGCAUAUUUGACACGUUUGCCACCUAUUCGCCAACCUUCCUACGUGACCCGAGCACCAGCCGGCGCUUCACCCCGCCCUCCACGGCCUUCCCCUGCGGCAAGAUGGGCGAGAACAGCGGGGCGCUGAGCGCGGCGGCGCCGGGGGCCCGCGCCCGGCCCGAGGGCCGCUCCGUGGUGGACGUGCUGGCGGACCACGCGGGCGAGCUGGUGCGCACCGACAGCCCCAACUUCCUCUGCUCCGUCCUGCCGUCCCACUGGCGCUGCAACAAGACGCUGCCCGUCGCCUUCAAGGUGGUAGCCCUGGGUGACGUACCUGACGGAACGGUAGUAACAGUCAUGGCUGGAAACGAUGAGAACUAUUCUGCAGAGCUCAGAAAUGCCUCCGCCGUCAUGAAGAAUCAAGUGGCAAGAUUUAAUGAUCUCAGAUUUGUCGGGCGAAGCGGCAGAGGGAAAAGCUUUACGCUGACCAUCACCGUGUUCACAAACCCCACGCAAGUUGCCACCUAUCACCGAGCUAUUAAAGUGACUGUGGAUGGACCCCGGGAACCAAGAAGACACAGACAAAAACUAGAGGACCAAGCCAAAUCCUACUCUGAUCGCUACAGUGAGCUGGAUCGUCUGCGCCAGUCUAUGAGAGUCACCCCAGCAGCUCCCAACUCCCGCGGAUCCUUGAGUGCCCCAGGUCACUUCGGGCCGCAGGCUCAGACUCCGAUGCAAGGCCCGUCGGACCUGAGCCCCUUCUCGGACCCCCGCCAGUUUGACCGCUCCUUCUCCGCGCUGCCUGCCCUCACCGAAGGCAGGUUUUCGGACCCCCGGAUGCAUUACCCCGGUGCAAUGUCGGCUGCCUUCCCCUACACCGCCACACCUUCAGCCACGGGAAUUGGUGGCAUCAGCAUGGCCAGCAUGCCCACCACGACCCGCUUCCACCACACCUACCUGCCUCCGCCCUACCCCGGCUCCACCCAGAACCAAAGUGGACCUUUCCAAACCAACCCGUCUCCUUACCAUUUGUACUACGGCACCUCGUCCGGAUCGUACCAGUUCUCCAUGGUGGCAGGGGGCGAGCGCUCACCCACGAGGAUGCUCUCCUCUUGCACAAGUGCCUCAGCAGGUAACAACUUAAUGAAUCCCAACCUGGCCAAUCAGAACGAUGGAGUGGAUGCGGAUGGUAGUCAUAGUAACUCACCUACGACCAUGACGACCACCGGGAGAAUGGAUGAGUCUGUCUGGAGGCCCUACUAGGCAGCACUAAACAAGACACAUGUAGCUUUAAAUCAGUAAAACGCCCAUGAUUAGAUUGCUCCCAUCGAUAGCAAAAAGAGCAAAACACCACCUAGGAUGGGAACAGAUAAGCCAAAGCCUCCCAAACCGAAAGCAAGCCAAAAUCCAAGCAUAGACAGAUACUGAGCAAAGAUGGACCUAGCUGCAUUUCAAGACAAAUGCCCACAAGGUUUGAAUGUGUUGCUCUGUGUGGUUCCUUUCAAGUGUGGACUGUAUAUAGAAGUGUGUGGAAGCAGCUGUGUGUUAACUGCAGAGUCGCAUCUCUGUUCAGAAUGCGUGUCGAUCAUCUCAUUCAUAACCAAAAAAUCCCCAAGAAAAGCAACUGUCCUGCACAACAGUAGGUGUUAGAGCUAGGGGAAAAGACCCCAGAAGCCAGUCAGUCGGUCUCCCUCUCAUACUCCCUGCACAUGCAGGAAGAACAAAAAGUCUUAGUAUUGCCAUCUUCCCCAAUCCUCCUUGGACAAGGGCCUCUGACCACCAGAGAACCCCAGAGCACUGCCUGAGGGUCACCGAGAUGCACGUGUCUCCCGAGACGUGCACCGGAGAGUCCCAUUGACAGCAAGACAAGCACGCCGGUCUCUCUAGCAGGUGCAGUUGGGGUUCUGCAGAGCGUUGCUAGUGGGUGGGCAGGUAUCAGCCAUGUGAACAAGUGCUGUGACAUGAUUUUGAAAGAGGUUGUAUUGUAAUUGUUGUUUUUUUUUUUUUCAAACAGUAACAUGGCCGAGCCCGUGCCUGACAGCCCUACCCUGUAUGUUUACAUGAGAUUUUUUUUAAUGUGAUGCGUUACUCUUGCCUCCUGGCCUAGACAUUAAGUUUCUUCCCCUUCCUAGUUAGUCUUCUUGAUGAUGGUGUCUAAGAAGAAUGCAUUUGGGACACUCCAGUGUGUGACGUGCACUUACAAAUGUACUAGCAUCAAAGGGACUCCAAAGCCUUUGGGAUGCGUGACAGCCAAGCUCGAGGCUCACCCUCGCCUUCGAGUGGUGUACGUGCAGCUGUGGCAAUGCUUCCUAUUUAUUUCAUGGCUCUCCCCCACAUUUUCACCCUGAGUGGAGCAAUGCAUGAUGGAUUUGUUGUUAAUCAAGAGCUGAUGGCUGUCAGCUGAUACAGAAAGUACUGCCUGAGAUUUGUGCAACCCCUCAUGUCUAACAUACCCAUCCUGUGGGGCUUAGCCUGGUGAAACAACAUUAUAUGGCCCUUCUCCCCUCGAAGUGCUUUGCACACUGCAAACGGUGAAUUAGGCCACAGUUAUCCCCAGUUGGCAGAUAGAUAAACUGAGGUAGGGAUACAGCCAGCAGCAUGGAGAGACUAGAAACAGGAGAGGCAUCCCUUAGCUGUGUAGCCUUCUCAGGUACAUUAGUCAUAAGGCGCACACGCAUUUUUAGGAUUAUUAUAGCCAUGUGUGUAUUUAACAAAAUGCAUGGCUAAUGAUAAGCAACCACCUGUCCAGUUAAUCAGAGAGCUUCGCAAACUAAGGUUGUUCUCUCUCUCCCCCUCGACAUAGGAUAUUCACGGACUCAGAAAAUGAGGGUUGGAAAGGACCCCAGGAGGUCACAUCCAGUCCAACCCCCUGCUCAGAGCAGGACCAGCCCCAACUAGAUCAUCCCAGCCAAGGCUUUGUCUAGCCAGGUCUUCAAAACCUCCAAGGAUGGAGAAUCCACCACCUCUCUGGGUGACUUGUUCCAGUGCUUUUACCACCCUCCUAGUGAGAAAGUUUUUCCUAAUAGCCAACCUCAACUUCCCUCAUUGCAAUUUGAGCCCAUUGCUCCUUGUUCUGUCAUCUGCCACCACUGAGAACAGCCCAGCUCCAUCCUCUUUGAACCCCCCUGCAGGGAGCUGAAGGCUGCUAUUAAGUCUCCUCUCAGUCUUCUCUUCUCCAGACUAAAAAAAACUCAGUGCCCUCAACCUCUCCUCAUAAAUCAUGUGUCCCAGCCCCCAAACAUUUUUGUUGCCCUCCACUGGACUCUCUCCAGUUUGUCUACAUCUUUUCUGUAGUGGGGGAUAGGGGGGGCAACACUGGACACAGGACUCCGGAUGUGGCCUCACCAGUGCCGAACAGAGGGAAAGAAUCACUUUCCUUGACCUACUGGCAACACACCUACCAGUGCAGCCCAGGAUGCCAUUAGCCUUCUUGGGCACACCGCUGGCUUGUAUUCAGCUUCUUGUCUACCGUUUCCCCCAGGUCCUUUUCUGCAGAGCUGCUGCUUAACCAGUCAGUCCUCAGGCUGCAGCAAUGCAUGGGACUGUUCUGCCCUAAGGAACAACUGGGACCUAACUCAGUGUAAUUUCUUCUUCUUUUUUUAAGUCAAAGUGCUCAUGAGAGUUAGUUGGUCCUUUUGGUCAUGUAUAUGUGAGUGACAGCAGGCUGAAUUUCAGGGAGGGUAGGAAGUCUUAAAUCCCUUCAUCUCCUUUCAAAAUCCCAGGCUAAGCACAUAGCUGCAGCAGUGAUGGCUGACUUGCCAAAUCUCAGCUGGUAUCUUUUUAGCAAUCAAUUGACAUACAAUGCAUAAUAAUUGCACUACCACUUAAAUACUGGAUCAAGACAUCAAAUCUUAAAGUACCUGGAUUUAGCCGUUAAGCUGCAAUGACCACUCUCGAGUUUGAAAGCUGCAAACUCAACUUGCUUUAGCAACAGCGAGCACGUGCCUAUUGAGUGACAUCUGUCAGCCAUAUAAACUGGACGAUGGCAGCCUGUGUUUUGAUGCAUUUAAGUUUAUCGGACGAUAUUUCCACUGACUGAAAGCACAAAGAAAAUAAGGAAUUUUUAAUACCAUUUUAAUUUAAGACUGUUCAUGGUGUAUAAAAAAGCAAUGGCAACUAUGUUCUUUAUGACAAUGUCGUGUGAAGGUGUAAAUACACGCACCUCCAUUUUAUGCAACUGGUCGCAAGACUGGCCAAAAUAAUUUGCUUUGCACUAUAAUUUGCUUUUUUUUAAAAAAAAAUGCACAAUCGCUUGUACAGUAAAACCUUUGGCUUACAGAAUAUUUAACUGUAAAAUCUAAUUUUUGGUUUUAUUUGUUAUAAUAAUAUAAUUCUUAAAUGUGUUGAAGGAUCCGAUUCUUAAUAAUGCUUCUUAUACGUGUGUGUGUGCAAGGUAAAAGCAACAACAGAAUAAGGAGAUGAGAACAAAGGUCUUUCUGUACAUAAAGGCAGCAAAGUUUAUUUGAUUUUUUUUUAUGGAGUCUUAUGAUGGACAUUAAAAAAAUGCUAGUAAUACCAAAUAAUGUGGUUAUUUGUGUAAUAUACCAGCCCUACUUGAAGGUAACUCCCUAUAUUUAAUAUGUAGCCCAUCUUUUUACCUGUAGCACUUGUGACGGUGGGGGUCUGCUCUUACUGAAGGCAUCGACAAAGUUUUCUCCAGGAAUGACUUUGCCCCAUUUGACUUCAGUGAAAGCAGAAUCAGGCCCCCUUUAUCACCCCAUCUCAUGAAUAGGUGAACUUGAGUUUAUAAGAAGCCAUACCAACAUGGUCAGUUCUGCUUUUCUAUUAUAAAUGUUGAUGUUCUUAUCAAAUGUACGUGAUUAUAUUGUCAAACAUACAUGUAAUCAUUUUAAUGACUUUCCAUGUGGAAUAAUAAAUGUACGGCUACAAGUCUA